AUGCAGCUACGCCCAACAAAGACAGGAAAGUUUUAUUCCAGGGCGACCUUGUGCCUCAUGGCAGCACUGAUGCUUUUGUCUAUGAGCGUUGUGCUAACGGUGAGUGGAGAAACUCUUUCAUCAGAGGUGCGCCUCAAUAACUAUCGAAAGCGCGUUGGACGUGCCUUCAUCAAAGAAAAGGCUGCUCAGGCCGGCGCUGUCACGCUUCCGUCUGGCUUGGUUUUUCGGCGCAUUGCUCGUGGCUCUGGUAAGCGUGCCGCUGCCGCGGAUGAUGAAUGCGAGGUCCACUACACUGGAAAACUUCGUGACGGGACUGUCUUUGACAGCUCGCGGGAACGUGGAAGGCCCAUCAGUUUCCGCCCCAGCGGGGUUAUCAAGGGCUGGGCGGAGGCGCUGCAGUUAAUGCGUGAGGGUGACCGCUGGCUCCUUUUUAUUCCCCAUGAAUUGGGCUACGGUGAGGCGGGGGCGGGCACAUCGAUUCCCCCUUUUUCUCCACUUGAGUUCGACGUGGAGCUGCUCCGUAUUAAGGGCGGUGGCACAGGGCGUACAGCGGAGGAGGUGGACAAGAUACUGCGGGAGGUAGAAGGAGACCGGGGAGACAUGUAA